GUGGGGGACUAGACCAUCAUGUCUGGCAACUGCAUGCCCUGCCCUACAAGCUGUGUCUAAUGGUCGCAUAGAGGUUGUGUAUGGUGAUGGUACAGAACAUCGGACAAUACUCAAAUUUUCCUGUAUAAACUAUUAUGAGCUGAUUGGUCAAUCCCUGGUCACAUGUCAGAAUGGUGUAUGGUCGACAAACCUCCCAGAGUGUCUGAAGAGGAGGUGCGGAAAACAGGUGAUCGCCAACGCCACCUUGAGUGUUACCAUUGACGACGUGGUGUAUGUUGGUGACACGGUCAUCGUUACCUGUAAGUCUGGAUUCUCCCUGACCGGCGCUGACCCCUACAGGUGUGGAGUGGACAGUCCUCCAUCUUGUGAUAAUAUAGACGAGUGUACGACGUCAGCCCCGUGUGAUCCUACACAGAUUUGUACUGACAACAUAGGAAGUUAUGUGUGUACCUGUCCGUCGGGGUUUAAACCUUCAACCACAGACCCAAAUAUCUGUGAGGACAUCAAUGAAUGCCUAGAAGACAACGCUUACUGCCAGAUGGAUUGUCAGAACACCCUGGGGUCCUACUACUGUCGCUGCCUGACGGGAGGAACCCUCUAUCCGGGGCCUGGAGUGGGACAGCUCCAGCAAGUGGAGCUAUUGGCUGGGGAGACUGGCCUUGAUCCCUGGAACUCUUACUACACAAAUCACACUUGUGUUCGAACCCAAUGUCCACUGCCAUUGUCAGAGUACCGUACGACGGACAGGAAUGGGCGAGCGCUGACCCUGAAGACAAUUUUCCUGUAUAAGGACACUCUGACCUAUUUAUGUGACAUUGGGUACACUGUCAAGGGCAUGCUGUCCCCAACCCACACGAGGACCUGUCAGGCCGACUCUACCUGGAGUACACCUGUCCCUGAAUGUCAAGAGGUGACCUGUGAUUCGAACACUAUUGACCCAGGUUCAUCAAACACCAAGGUGAAAUAUGGAGAUUACUACGUACUGUCUUGUACGCUGCCUGACGGGUCUCCCACGACACAGAAGAGUUAUUGUUCCUACCUACCAGCCCUCAAACGAUACUCACUCGUUGGACGAUGUGCUUAUAACUGUGAUUCUUCACCAUGCAUUAAUGGAGGGACCUGUGAUGUUUUGACCCCGACGACCUUCACCUGUAGUUGUGCCCCAGGUUAUACAGGGGACUAUUGCCAGAACUGGAAUCAGCAGUCUGUGUGUACGAUAGGGACUUGUGGUGACCGCAAUCUUUGUCGUCCAUUAUAUGUCAACGAAAGCUACGUUUGUUCCUGUACAGACCAUUAUACAGAAGAUGGGAAAGGUAUUUGUCGACAGAACAACUACUGUACGGUGUCACCUUGUCAGAACGGAGGAACAUGUUACAACGGUGUAGGCCAGUACAAGUGUGCCUGCGUCCCUGGUUACGGGGGACUCAACUGUCGCUAUGACUACAACGAGUGCCUGCGACUCCCAUGUAAGAAUGGAGGAACUUGUAUGGAGGUCGGCAUCAACGACUACAAGUGUUCUUGUCCUACGGGCACAAUAGGUAAAAACUGUGACGAUGUUGAUGAAUGUGCGUCGAGCCCCUGUGAUGCUGAGAGAACAGAUCAGUGCUACAAUCUCGCUAACGACUUUUACUGUCAGUGUAAAGACAACUUCUAUGGGGAAACAUGUUCCAAUGGCAAUGCGUGUGACAGCAAUCCUUGUCACCACGGAGGUAUCUGUACACCUGUGGGCGUGUCAUACACCUGUAAUUGUGCUACUCACCUGACAGGUGUGAACUGUGAGCUGGAGCGGGACAAGUGUGACAACAACCCGUGUCAGAACGCUGCCACAUGUUACAAUCAGGUCACAGACUACAUGUGUGUGUGUCCUUACAACUUUAUCGGGAAAUUCUGUGAUGUGACCUAUGACCUCUGUGUCCUUGCUGACCACUGUGUAGGACCUGACAGCACCUGCUCUGUUGAUGCUGGGGGCAAUGUCGCCUGUGGAUGUUCGACAGACUACACAGGAACAGGAUGUACUACACCAAGGGUCCGCUGUGAUGUGGCUUCGUGUGACAACGGAGGGACAUGCUCUGUGGUCAACAAACAGACUCGGUGUACCUGUCCUCCAGGAUUCGCUGGGGAGAAGUGUGAGGUCAAUGUAGAUGAGUGUGCCAGUAAUCCAUGUCCUAGUGGCACCCUCUGUGAGGACAAGAUCAACGCCUACAGGUGUUACUGUCCUGAGGGUAAACUUGGCAUCAACUGUCAGAAAGAAAUCCAUUAUGACUUUGAUAUUGUCCUUCAAACCCCAUCCGUGCGUAUGCAAGGUGAAAUGGUGGACAGGAACGCCCUCUUUACUUUGAACUCAACCUCACUGUCAGUGUCAUUGUGGUUCCGAUUUGCGUCUGCUGAUGGUUCGGGGGCCGACAAAAACAUUGUCUCCAUUUAUGGAUUACGAACAGGCAGUAGACACUCAGCUGUCAGCCAGUUCCUCGUCAGAAGUCGGUCAAUCCUUGCUCAGGUUAGUGACAGCAUCUCUGUCCAGGCCAUCGGUAACGACCUAAUGGAUGGACUGUGGCACCACCUGGUGGUCACCUGGAACGGUCAGAAGAAUCUUGAAGGCGGUGGAGUGACUGGACGUUUGACAAUGUACCUGGACAAUGUAAAACAUAAGGAGGCUGAUGGUGUCGGCUCCAAAGCCAGACUUCCUCCAUUUGGGUGGCUUGUGAUUGGAGGAAUCUAUGAUGCAUCAACCAAUCAGAUCGUCCGAUCGAAUGGCAUUGUUGGUCGAAUCAGUCGCCUGUUUAUAGUCAAGAAGGAGCUUGACUCUGCAGUCCUGAUAAAUGAACUUUACUCCAACAGGAGGUCGUACGUCCCUGUGGGGGUGGUUCAUGGUCCAGUGAUUUACCAGGUUGAGCACGGUCCACUGACCAUAGACUACAACAGUGAGGUAGAAACAGAUGGAUGCUUCACUCAGGAAUCUUGCCGUGGUCUAUAUCAAGCAACGAACUAUGCAUCUGUGAGAAUCUGUCCUCAGGAUCAGUAUGUGACCUUUGACCGGGAUAAAAAUGCCAUCUGGACUUCACCGCUGUUUGAUCGAGCAGUAUCAACAACUAUGAACAGAUAUACUGGAGCGGAGGAGCUGCGUGCUGGUGUGUAUGGUAUAUCAGCAGCAGGGUUUGACAGUGACGGCAAUGCGGCGAUGUGUACCUACCGACUCUAUGUGAAGCGCUCUGAUUGCAGGUCUCUAGAUCUUCCCAACCACCUUCAGGAAAACCCUAUAGGUGGCCAGAGGGUGUGUUCCUCGGACCGAGCCAACUGUCUGGUGAGGUGUAAUAACCCCAACCAACAGCCAAUGAGGGCGGGCCAAGCCUUCUACAGCUGCUCCAAAUAUGGGCAGUAUGACUCGGAUGACCGGAUGGAACCAUUUUUCUAUCCCUCCUGUGCUGGUCAGUGUUUUUCAGUGUCAAAAUAUCAAAAAAGGAAAAAUAUCAAAACAAAUCUCAGUCAUCAAGAGAAAAUAGAAAAAAAAUUCGAUGCUGUUGUACAAAGAUACCAUGCAACCAUGGCUCUGACCUUUGACCUUCCUGAGGUCUGUGUGGACACACCCACCUUGAAAUCAAAGUUUACAGCUUCACUGAGAAGCUUGAAUUCUGUGUGGAGUUUAAGCUUGUGUGAGGAGACAAAUUGCACCCACGAAGUUACCAAGGUUGACUGCCUAGUAACUGACGUUACUAAGGUUGGGGUCAAGGUCAAGCUAAACUUUGUACCGGGAGAGGUAGAGAAUUCCAUCACCCACACGACCUCCGCACCCUCCGAUGUCCUUGCUGCGGCCGUAGACAAUGGCGAUCUCACAAUUCAGGGUUCUGAUGCUGAUGUCAUGUCCUUGGUGAUAUCACUACAGGGGCCUCUCUGUCUGCCUGGGUACCAAGUGUCCGGGAACUACUGUGUUGAGUGCGGACCAGGUACAUACUUUUCGGCGGCGUCUGAGACAUGUCGGUCAUGCUCUAAAGGCCAGUACCAGGACCAAUGGGGACAGACCAGCUGUAAGACGUGUCCAAAUGCUGCUCACACCACCUGGGGUCAGGGGUCAACAUCUAGCUCAAACUGCUACACUUUGUGUGGCGGUGGAAAUUACAUUGACCUCCGUGACGAUGUGAGGACGUGUCUGGCCUGUCCUAGAGGUUCCUAUUAG